UAAUUUUUGGAUUUUUAUAAAUACAAUGGCAAACAAGAAAUCUGAGUUGCCAUUUGGUUGGAUAGUGAAACAGUCCAAAUCGUAUCCAGACAGGAUUUAUUAUUUCAAUGUGAACACUGGGGCAAGUACAUGGGAAUUUCCUGAUCUGCUGCAACAUUAUGUGAGUGGAAAGGUAGAAUCUACAUCUCCACCUGUUCUGACAGCUACAUCACUGACAGCUGUAUCACCAGAGAAGUCGGUCCAACUUCCUACUGAACUGUCUCAAACAAGACAACAACCAUGUACAAAUACAGUGAGGAAACCUGUUGGUAGUCAUACUAGGGGUAAUCUAGCUGAUAGUUACAAUAGAAAAUCGUCUGCUGAGCUGGAACCACAAUUCUCACCACAACCACUGUCAGAUAAUGGAAGUGAAAACAUGGAAAAAUCUUUCUCGGACAGAUUGAUAGCAGGGAGUCGAAAACAAAAUUUGCCAGAAAACUUUCCAAAAGGUCAUGUGAACAGCAGACGAAGUAUGCCAGAAAACAUUUCUAAAGCUCAGAUUGAUUGCAGACAAAAUUUGCCAAAAAACAUUUCGAACGCUUAUAAGGAUCGCAGACAAAGUUUGCCAGAAAAUUUCUCUAAAGCUCAUUUUAAAAGUUCUACCAUAAAUGACAAGUUGUCAGACCCUGCAAAAAGUCAAAAUCACUCUUUUGGCAAGGAAAGAACUGCUCAAAAGGUUUUAUCAGGUGUAUAUCAAAGAAAAGUAGGAUCUGUUGAACCUGAGAAAUUUUCUGCUCAAAAAGUUUUAUCUGGUGUGUACCAAAGAAAAUUGGAAUCUGUGCAACCUGAGAAAUUUACGUCUCACAACGUUUUAUCAGGGGUAUAUCAAAGAAAAUUGGAAUCUGUUGAACCUAAGAAUUUUACUAAACUUGAUCAUAAACGUGGUUCUAACCUGAAAGGAAUGAGGAGGGACAGUGUACAUCCAUAUGAAAGAAAGGCAUCUCAAACAGGUGGAAACUUGCCUUCAAAAUUACACAGUUCUUCUGACUUAAAACCUGAUCUAGCUAAAGAUAAAGACAGAAAAUGUAAAAAUAAGGAAAGGAGUUCAAAAUUAUCCCCUAUAAAAUACCCAAAAGGCAGUGCAGAAGCCCUUAAGAAAACCUUGAGUGACAUUAAGUCAUGUGUUAGGAGUCUUGAAGAUUCUUCGAAAAAAGUUACUAAAGGUACAGGUGAUGAAAUAAAUGUGGGAAAACUUAUUAAUGACACUUGUAAUGAAGCAAAUUCCAGGUCAGCCAAUGAUUUAAGGACAAAAUUAAAGAGAAGAGGGGUGGAUAACCAAGGUAAAUCAAAAUGUGAUGCAAAAUCAGACAACAAUAUUGUCUCUGGUAGUAAAUCAGAAUCAAAGAAAUCUAAAGUGAUUCCAUCAUCUAAUGGUAAAGAUAAUGACUCAAAAUACAGGAAAUUGGAUGUAGACAGACAGACGCCUGGGGACAAACGUAGAGUUGUGAGGUCAAUUCAGUCUCAAUCUACUGAUAAUCGUAGUGUUUCAGUACAAAAUAAAAAAAUUGCAAACUUCCAGACGACCCAAAAAGCUUUGAAAUCAUCCCCUGAAUUUGAUUUGACUGUAAAUACAAGCACCCCAUUAAAAAGUUCAUGCGAAAUCAAACAUGCAGAUGAGAUAUCUGAUGUUGGUUCCGACUUUGAUCCUAACAAUAAUACAGAGUUUAAGUUGUUUAUUGGAGACAAGGAAAAGUUGUUGAGUAUUCAGUCAUGGAUCAACAAUCUACAGGAGGGAGCAGGAUCUGAGAGUCCUUCAGUAGACUCAUAUUCACAGGUGAAUCAAGGACUGGUGAAUGAAUCUGUUGACAGUGGCUAUGUCUCGAUAACAAACAGACCACCUUCCCCUUCAAGAAGAGGCUGGCCAGGGGAACUGAAAAAGUCAGCUGUCACAUUGAGAGAAGUUGUAGCUAUGGAAAUAGAUGAGUGUUUUGUUUCAAAAGAGACACAUGGCGGGGAUGUAACUGGAGGAGCUGGUGGAGAUGUAGUCGGAGGAGCUGGUAAUGAUCUAGCUGCUGGAGCUGGUGGGGAUGUAGUUGCUGGAGGUGGUGAGGAAGAAUAUAUGGAUAUUGAUGAAGUGUUGGUUGAAGUACGGCAACAAGUGAGCUUGUGUGGUAACCAAAACGUUGGCAGCUUUGUUAGUUUAUCUGAUACAGAUAACGCAACACCAUUGAAAAGAACAUACCAGACCAUUACUGUGGUUGUGGAUACAAAUAUACUAAUCAGUAACCUAGAGCUGCUAGAUACUCUCAAGGAUUAUCAGCUGCCAGGAAGCAGUGUGAGGCCAUGUUUAUUCAUUCCAUGGAUUGUUUUGCGUGAGUUAGAUGCCUUAAAGGAAACUGUAAAGCCGGGUAAACUUAAUCUGUCUCUAGCCACACAGAAGAAAGCAAGAACUGGAAUUUCUUUCUUGAAGACUUUAUUUAGCUGCAAGCAUCCAAGAGUUAAAGGACAGACCCCUAAACAGGCUGAGGAAGCUUCCCAUAACUUCAAGUCAAAAUGUAAUGAUGAUGUUAUACUCCAGGCCUGUUUACAAUGCCAGAAAUUAGGAACAUGUGUUGUAUUAUUGACAAAUGACAAUAAUUUAAUCAACAAGUCCCUUGUCAGUAGUGUACCUGCUUUCAAUGCUAAGGACAUAAUGUCAGGCUUACAAGUGACUGCAAACAAUAUUUCAUCAAUCAGUGAACAGCACACUCAAGUUCAGUGUCAGACACAAGCCAGUGGUCCAUGUCAGACUCCAGCCAGUGGGCUGUGUCAGAAUCCAGCCAGAGUUCAGUGUCAGAAUCCAGCCAGAGUUCAGUGUCAGACACCAGCUAGUGGUUUGUGUCGUACUCCAGCCAGUGUUCAGUAUCAGACUCCAUCCAGUGGUCCGUGUCAGACCUUAGCCAUUAGUGUUCAGAAAGACAGUAGUGUUUGUAAAGGAAAGAAUGUUAGACAAGAAGUGAUGCCAUCAUCUAAACUACAGCAGACCUGUCUGGCUGAUAGAAUACUCAGUGAGGAGAAAACGUCGACUAUUGAUACUCUGGUAGAUGACAUGUACUGUAAGAUGAAGACUGUGUUACAUGAAGCACUGGGCAAAAUACUUGAGGAAGAAAUGCAGAAAGCUUAUGAUGAUAUUUGGAAAGAUAUAGUAUACAAGAAGCCACCUUGGGGUUUAAAAGAUGUAUUAGAGUGUUGGAAAAAGCAUUGGAUUGCAGUAUUUGGAUUGGUGUUUCCGAGACAUCUCAGCGAAAACAUUCACCAGCUUUUAGACCAUAUCUCAAGUCCUAAAGGUGUUACAGUGAAUGUCAUAUUUGAUAUUUGUAAGGAAAGCUCAGAAAUUUUGGAGGAAGCUUCAACAAGAAAUGUAUAUGGACCAAGAAUCCUAGAGAUUAAAAAGACUGUGUUGGCAUUGAAGGGCCUGUGUUACAGUAUCGCACAGGGUGAAAUUAGUGCAGCAUCUGUAUCUAGUCUAGAAGAGUAUUUACAAUCUCAGGUUGGUCAGUCCGUUUUAGGUGGAGGUUUGAAUCAAGCUUCUGUGACAGUGACCAGUGAUAACAAUACUGUGACCAGAAACAUGAGUCAGUGUACCUCUAAUACCGUAAUAUCUGCAAUAAAUACACUCCCAUACAUCUCUAGUCAUCAGGGAAGAUUCAGUGGUGGAAGCGAAAAUCAGACAUUAUUACAUUCCAAUUCUUUUCAAACUGUGUCUAGUCAAAAUUUACCAUCUGCUUCUUCAAUGAAUCCAGCUGUUUCCCAGCAGUGUAGUGAUCAGACUGUGAUAAAUGCUGGAAACCAGACAUCAGGAGCAGAAUGCAGUAGCAGUCCAGAAUCAAUAGCAGGAGAACGUCUUUCACAAAUCUGGAAGUUCAUUUAUAAAUAUUGUGAUGAAGUUUACAGAACAGUGUCUGGUAAUGUUGGUCUUGAUGUCUUGAAGAAUAUUGAACCAGUUUUAAAAGUUCUAGUCUCAACUUCUUUGGAAUUGAGGAAGUAUUAUGCAGGUCUGCUAGAGCUACCUGUCCCUGAUUUAAAGAAUCGUGAGGAAGAAUUUACAGCUCUAAGUCAUAUAUGCAACUCUUUCUUUACCAAACUAAAUGUGCAGGAAGAUGUUCCAAUUGGUUUGGUCACACCUUUACAGCUGCUUAUAGUGUACAGCAAACCUGAGCACAGAGAGACAUUGGGCAAUUUCCUUACACAGCUUGAUGAAAUGUUAAAGAUGAUGUAUCAGUGUCUUCAUAAACUCUGCCCCGAUGACUGACAUGUUACACCAACAACCAGCCAAAUUACAUGGUUCUCGUUUUCAUAAAAUUUGCUCAGAUGACUGACAUGGUACACCUGCAACCAACAAGAUUACACCUGAAAUCAGUGUCUUCGUAAACUCUGCCAAAGCAGGUGACACAUUACCUCUGCAACCAACAAGAUUACACCUGAAAUCAGUGUCUUCGUAAACUCUGCCAAAGCAGGUGACACAUUACCUCUGCAACCAACAAGAUUACACCUGAAAUCAGUGUCUUCGUAAACUCUGCCAAAGCAGUGACACAUUACCUCUGCAACCAACAAGAUUACACCUGAAAUCAGUGUCUUCGUAAACUCUGCCAAAGCAGGUGACACAUUACCUCUGCAACCAACAAGAUUACACCUGAAAUCAGUGUCUUCGUAAAUUCUGCCAAAGCAGGUGACACAUUACCUCUGCAACCAGCAAGAUUACCCCUGAAAUAAGUGUUUAUAAAAAUUGCCAAAACAGAAGUGCUACACCUGCAGUGUUAUGAUAAAUUGCCUUGAAGACCGAUACUGUUCUCAGUGAUAAAUGACCUUUAUAAUCUUUUAGAAACAUAAACAUUUGUUUGCACAAGCUUCAUCUAACUGAACUGUUUCAGUUUGCAGUUUAUCAAAAAUGGUAACGAAUAUCAAGGUUAAACAGAUCAUAGAAGAAUAAAUUUGAAAUUUUGUGUAUGAAAACAAAAGAUUUUCGUUGCAUGAAAGAAGCCUUACAAAAUUAAAAUGUUGAUCAUCAG